UGCAGUUGGAGCUACUCACUCUGAACCAACCUCAGGGAAUCGCGGACACAUUGUUCCACUCAAGCUUGAGGCUUUCGUGUGAUCUUUUUCACGAAAAAAGAGCACAUUGGCUGAGGCGUGUCUAUCUCUGGUCCCCACCAUGUUUUGGUACCUGAUAGUAAUCCUCAUCAUCGCACCAAUAAUCACAUUGAUGUUGGAGAAGAAACCAAAGAAAAAGUGUGACAUCUACACUCAACCUGGGCCAUUCUACUACCUGAAAUUCAUCACAAUUUACCUGAUAUUGCGAUUAAGACGGUGGAGGGGCCAGCAGGAGAAUGUGGCACAGGGUGUAACAGCCGGCUAUGGGCAGCAAUCCCGCAACACCCCAGCACAAAUGGACUGCAUUCAGCCUCUGUCCAGCCAUCCAAAGGCAAUCGAUGCAGUUUACUUCAGUGCAGCCAAUGAGAAUGGCUGCUACCUGGUGGGAGCCAUUGCACGAAGGCCAGCCAAAAUGAUCAACGGCUUCCUCUACAUUAAGUUGCCUGAGACAGGGCUACUGCUAUCCCCUCGGCUGCCCGACACGCUGAUGUCUACACAUGAGGAGGCCUUCGGGGCUGAGGGCCUGCUCUUCCAGCCGGUGGAAGCCAUGAGGAAAUGGAAGCUCACUUACGAUGGGGCUAUGAGGCUGGAUAAAGGAGACCAAUUGGUGCACGUGUGCAUGAACCUAGACUGGGAAAGUAAGUUGGACUACUUUGAUUUUGAUACGGACAUGCAUUCCAUCGCACUCGCAAAGGCCAUCGCUAGGGAACAGUGGUCCAAGGAGUUUUUUAAAAAGCUUGAAGAUCUCCACCAGACUCACCAUGAACAGUUUGGAAAAAUCACUGGUACAAUUCAGAUCGAUGGGUUUGGUUGUCAUAAAGUUACCUUGGAUUCAAUGAGGGACCAUUCUUUUGGAGAUCAUCGGGAUUGGAAGUACUUCCAUCGUUAUGGUUUCCAUAUGGGCACACUGAAUGAUGGGACCAGUUUCAACAUAGGAAUUGUCUCGCAGAGCAAUCUGCUCACUGUCCUGGAGUUGGGAUACCUGUAUACCCCCUCAGGUGAAAAGCACCCAGUAAAGUGGUGUGGACUGGAUUUAGCAUGUCACGGGGAGGGAGGAACCCCACCUUUGGAUUAUGGAUUUGAGUUUGAAGCAGGUGGGAAGCGAUACUUUUUGCAGUGUCAGAUUUUGGCAAGCCCGGAAUUCUAUAUUGGGAUGGAGUGGGAAGCUCGGAUAGUGGAGAGACUGGCUACAUACACUGUAAAUGGUGUGAAAGGCUGGGGGAUUUCAGAGUGGCACUACAGGCAUCAUGGAGGAAGACCAGAGAAAUACGCUAACAGAAAAUAAGACCACGGCCAGAUUCAAAAUGGUUGGAACAGCAAAUGGAAUGGAAAAAACUUUAACUUUACUGUGCUUUUUAGUGAUGUAAUUGUGCUCUUCGUAGAGUGUCUCACGCUCAGCAGAUUCGUUCAGUUAUAAAGAAACUUUGAUUUUGUUUGUGAAGCCUGUAAUUAAUGCAAUAAUUUUUUGAGAAUUCGUCAAGUCUCAUCUGUUACUAAAGUAUGUGGAAAAUUGCAUUGAGAAUUGUCUCCUAUGUUUUGCUCUUCAACUGCAUUUAAGAAUAACUUUUCUCCUAUGACUUAACCGAAAAAGUAAUCCUCGUUUAAAAUGCACAGGAAAGCAAGAUAAUUGACAACCCAAAAAAAGGUUUUGAAAUACAAAAUCAUUGUCUCACUUAGUGGCAUCUUUCACUCUGAGUGAACAAAUCACUAACUUGCUCAGUUGUAUCUUUUAGCCUGAGAGAGCAAAAUGGUUGCUCCAUACACACACCUGUUACUUCCUCCCAAUGUUAUAGCAAUCUGGCAAUGGUAGUGGUCCACAGUUAACAUUUCUUUGGUGAAAUUACAUUUCUUGCAGUUUAUGUGAUUAACAGAAAUAGGUGAAGGAGAGAGACCAAUGACCUAAGUAUGCAAACACCACUUUUUUGUUGUUAAUCUUUUCUGCUAAAAGCAAACACCUUCAAACUUCAUAUUCAACAAUUUAUCUUUCCGUGUCCUCUAUAUGCAAGGAUUAUUAUUAUUAUGUAAUCUAGAGUUUACUAUCACUGGAUUAUUUUUUCAAUAAAUUGCUCUUUUGUCAUCAGUUA